CGCACCUUAGCCAGAGAUCCUUCCCUUGAGGUUUUGGGAUGUUUAAAAUGUUGCUUUGACAAAAAGCAAGGAUGUGGAGAAGUUUUUCCUGUGUGAUGUCACUUCGCUGCCCUUUAUAAGGCACUGCAGGAGAGGAGAGAACCCAUCUGAGGAUCCACACUCCAGACAGGGGUGACCAAGAGGAAUAUCGAGUGUCAGAUCCUGACCAGUUGCCAGGAACUGGGAGCCAUGGGGCAGACUGGUCCCUGCAGCUGCCUGGGCUACAGGCUGCUGGUGCUCUGUAGCCUGAAGGCUGCCCUUGCCUUUCCCAACUCCUCUCCACUGCUGAGUCCCAGCUGGGGGAAUGGAGAUCGCCUGAUGCACCUCUACACAGACACAGAGAGGAACAGCCUCCAUCUCCAAAUCAAUGCUGAUGGCUACGUUGAUGGUGCUCCUCACCAAACCAUUUACAGUGCCCUAAUGAUCAAGUCUGAGGGUGCUGGCUCUGUAAUAAUCACAGGUGUGAAGAGUGGACGCUACCUUUGUAUGGACAUGAAGGGAAAUAUUUUUGGUUCGCAUUUCUUCAGCCAAGACGACUGCGUGUUCAACCACAGGACACUGGAAAAUGGAUAUGAUGUGUACCAGUCUCCGAAACACAGCUUCCUGGUUAGCUUAGGCAGAGUUAAACAAGCCUUCUUCCCCAGUAUGAAUCCACCACCAUACUCCCAGUUUCUAUCCAGAAGAAAUGAAAUCCCUUUGUUUCGGUUCAACACACCGGAGCCCCAUAGGAACACCAGGAGUGCAGAUAUUGAUCCAAUGGAUCCUCACCAGAUCCUGAUCCCACAGAGAAAGGCCUCUGCAUUCGGAUCUCAGUCUCAGCAGCAAGCAGACUUUCCCCACCUUCCCAGAGAACCUGUGAGAAUCAACCAGAAUGAUGUGGUCAACCCGGAUGACCCACACGCUAUGAUGGAUGCCAGGAGGUACGCCAGUCCUCGCUUGUAUAUUACGAGAUAACUGGGGACUUGCCACUUGCAAACUGAAGACACAGGUGAAUAUAACAGGCAAAAGGAGCUGUCUAGCUCACUCAAUAUGAUUUUUAACUCUCAAGACAGCUACUGGAAAUGUGGAAGACAUAGAAAGAAGCCUUCGU